AUGCAUGCGGAGUUGUUGCUGAAGCGAAAUUGUCAAAAGUGCCUAUUUUUUCUCUUGUUUGUUUUAUCUGCUUUCAUCCUGUACGGCUUGAACGAGCGUUUACAAAACGACGUUUGGGAAGUUAUCCAAGAAAUUUUGUUUCUUCCCGAGUUACCAAAAAGACAACAAUCGGAAGAAGGUAAUACAUUGUUGAAAAAAACUUUCUACGAAAAAGAAAAAGAGCAUCAUACCCACGAGGGACAUGAUCACGAUUUAGAAGUUGGGUUUAUAUUGCACGAAAGUGAACUCGGUGAACCAGAGUUUAUCGGUCACAAUGACAAUCAGGGAGAUUAUUUCAAUUCGUUUUUGAGGGUCGAUUUUGACGAAAGUAAUGUUGAGCCUGUAUUUGUGGGUUCAGUGUACCCUGAAAGAAAUAUAGCACUUGGUUGUGCAUUAACUACAAGACAUGAACAAAAUUUAAAUGAAGAAAAUUUGCAAUUCAAAAUGCCAUUUUUCAGAAGUUUGUUAACAUCUUUUUGUCAAACAGCAACAAGAGGCUUCCAUUAUAACUUUUAUGUUUCACAUGAUCACUCCGAUGAUUUUUUUUCUACAAAAAAUGCUCAUAAUAUUUUUAGCAAGGCAUUUUAUAAAUUGAUCAAUACACAAUGUUCUAGAACGGUCAAUGUCACUUUACAUUUAGUCGAAUGUCAUCAUUCAGGUCGACCGGCUUGGGCUCAAAAUGAUGCCAUGAUGGCUGCCUACAUGGAUGAAAUGGAUUAUUACUACAGAUUGAAUGAUGACACUGUCUUGGAGACGACAGGUUGGACAGAAAAAUUCAUUGAUGAACUACAGAGAUUUAAUCCUCCAAACAUCGGGGUGGUUGGUCCGUGGUUCAAAGAGGGAAACACCAACAUUUUAACACAUGAUUUUGUUCACAGAACACACAUUGAUAUUUUUGGCUUUUACUAUCCUAGGGUGUUCACUGAUUGGUUUGCAGAUGAUUGGAUUACACAAGUGUACUGGCCUGAGAGAAGCAAAAAAGUUCCUGGCACCAGAGUCAAACACACGAUGGAGAAGGGAAUGAGGUACAUGGUUCAUUAUGAGAAAGCAAAGAACAUUGAAAUUGAAUGCAGCAUUGGAAAAAUUAUCAUACAGAGAUAUAUUGAUCGGACCAUAAAUGGCAAAGUUGAAAAAUUCUGGAAUGAAGAUUCUGUAGGAGUUGUGUCAAUGUCCUUAUUUGGCAAUGAUGUAUCUUCAGUGUAUGGCAUUUUGAGAUAUGCACAACUUCUGCCUAUUGUUUUUCCAGAAUGGAGGCUUAGAGUUUAUACAUCUUUAACAGAAAAAUCUUUGAAAGUGUUGAAAAUUGUUGCUAGGAAAUUAGAAAACUUUGGAGUAGAAGUUAUCAACUUGAAUAAUAGCAAUGCUUCCAAACUACCACCUGAACUCUGGAAAUACUUGAUCAUAGAUGAUCUGAAAGUUAAAAGGUUUAUUGUAAGAGAUUCGGACACGAGGCCCAGUGAAAGAGAGUUUAUGGCAUUGGAAGAUUGGACGGCUUCGAAUAUAAGUGUUCCUUUCUACUGCAUCAGAGAUCACUACAGCCACGUCAACCAAGCUCUUCCUUUGGGACUGUUUGGUGGAAUUCCAAAAAUGAUCAAAACAUUAUUAGGUGCCCCCAGUGAAACGUUUCUUUUGAAUAUUGCUAAAAAUGGGCUCAAAUAUAUGCAUGAGACAUUAUGGAAAAAGUUUCAAAUGUCAGUCUUUUGCCAUGACAGUGUAUCAUGUAAUGACUGGUCGGGCAGUCAUCCUUUUCCAGCUCUGAGAAUGGGAGAUGCAUAUGUUGGUCGAAAGUUUGAUUCAAAUGAUCAAUUGAUGUUUAAUGAAAAUGAUGUAGAUUGGGUGGACAAAGUAUCACAGGACCCUUACAAACCCUGUGUUAUACUUAAGAACACUGGCUUCUCAGAGGAAGCUGUCAGAUCUGUUGUCAGUCUGAGGCCUGUUCUUUGGUCACAGGACUACCACAUCACACCCAUGAUGGACCUGAAAAGUUUGCUGGGCCCUAUUGGAGUAAAAAUUAUUGAUAACAGUCUUUCUUACCACUGUAUGAUGACAGGAACCUGUGCUAAACAUUUAAAGGUUAUUAACAGUGAUAAUGGAAUGUCGCUAACAAAAGCAUUAAUUAAAAAGUUUUACCAAGCGUAUAAAGAUGAUUCCUUGAUGAAUUCAGUCAGCUCAUUUGUAUGCACCCUGCCUGUUUCCAUGUGCGAGUUGUACAAGCCUUUCAACAAAAGUAUGAUUAUAUGGGCCAGCAUAAGAUACGAACAAUCAAGGAAUGAACCGGCAAAGUGGAGAUCUCUUAACAGAUUGCUUGGAAGAGUUGAUCGCGAUAAGUCUAGUGUGCUAGCAGCAAACAGUUUAUAUGAUGCUAAAUACAUAGAAUACUUCACUGGACUGAAGCCUACACUGAUACCGAACUAUUGUGCUUACCUCACAGAUAGCUACAGACCCAUCAGGAAGCAGUUUCUUGUGACACCUAUCCACAGUACAGAACUGCAUGACAUUUUUUAUGCUGAAUUUGACAACUCUAUCAUGAAAGUCAAUGCUGACCUGUCAAUCGUUCCCUUGAGGGAUAUGUAUCCUCAAUAUUUGUAUAAGGACCUUGCGUCACACAAAGGCAUCAUAUAUAUACCUUACCAGGUCUCCAUGAUCAGCCUUACUGAGCAGUAUCGCAUGAACAUACCAAUGUUCUUUCCAUCUCUGGACCUUCUCACGAGCUGGCAUUUGAAGUUCCAGGUGGUGCGCCAACGUACAUGGAGUGGCUACAUGCUGGAAAGGUCAAACAGCUCAAAUAUCAAAGGCAUCUUUUCAAAUGUUCCUGAUCCUAAUGACGAUUUUGACGAAGAUGCCAUAAGGUACUGGUUGCAGUUUGCGGAUUUCUAUCAGUGGCCCCACUUAAUUUAUUUUGAUUCAAUCGACGACCUCGUGAAUAAAAUGUUGAAUGUGGACCUCAAUGAAAUCAGCAAGCGCAUGAAAGUCUACAACAACAAAGUUAAAGCAUACAUCAAGAAAGCAUGGUCUGAUGUGCUCAUAAACAUUACUAACGUUAAACUGAACCAGUUGAAGGAAAACAAAAUUAAAUUGGACAGUUCCACGAACAAGAAAUCUGUCACACCAUAUCACAACAGUGAUGCUGAUAUCGACAACCAAGCAACUGUCGUACCCUACCCAACGUCAGGAAGCCAACCAAUUGACUUCACUGAAAGAAAACGUUUCACACCUCCUAAAAACAAAUUAAAAUUACCUUCAAAAAGAAACAAACCUACUGAAAAUGUCAUUGGAAGCGAAUUUGUUGAGACAACCUCCGACGAUACCACUGUUUCACACGGUGACGAACAAAUAUUAGAAAGAAAUUAUCAAGCCAAUGAAUCGUAG